AUGGGUCAGAUGGGCAGCCCCAAACCUGGAGGAGGAGGAGGAGGUGGAGGCAUGGGUGGGAUGGGGAUGGGUGGAAUGACGGGGUCUGGGAUGAUGGGAGGAGGUAUGGGCGGAGGUAUGGGCGGAGGUAUGGGUGGUAAUAUGGGUGGCAGUAUGGGUGGAGGUAUGGGUAGUAAUAUGGGUGGUAAUAUGGGUGGCAAUAUGGGUAGCGGUAAAGGUGGUAAUAUGGGAAUGGGUGGGGGUAUGAGUGGAAAUAUGGGUGGUGGAAUGAGUGGUGGAAUGGGUGGUAAUAUGGGUGGUGGAAUGGGUGGGGGAAUGGUUGGUAAUAUGGGUGGUGGAAUGGGUGGUGGAAUGGGUGGUAAUAUGGGUGGAUAUGGAGGAGGCAUGGGCACCGGUGGCAUGGGCGCUGGCAUGGGCAUGAGUGGAGGGAUCGGCUCUCGUACGGGCGAACCGUACCGUCUGGCCGCCCACGACAGCCCCAGUUCCCCCCGGCACAUGUCGUCCAGCCCCACGCCCAUGUCCCAGAGCCACAGUCCCGGGGGUCAAGGACAACAUGCCUCCCGUCGCAACCUCCAGGUGGACUUCAGCGGCUCGGGUGGAGGAUCCCGGACGGGGCGCUCUCCGUCGGUGUCCCCGGAUCGCGGAUUGACGCCAACCUCGCCUUAUGCACCGUUGCCGCAGAUUGCACCGAUGCCAAGCAGCAAGCUCUGUCCCGUCUGCACCACCACAGAGCUGUCCAACCCUCCGGCGGUUCCCAACUACAACACCUGUACCCAGUGCAAGUCCACCGUGUGCAACCAGUGCGGCUUCAACCCUAACCCACACCUCACUGAGGUGCAGGAAUGGCUGUGUCUAAACUGUCAGAUGCAGCGCGCUCUAGGCAUCGAUAUGACCACGCCACGUUCUAAAAGCCAACAGCAGAUCCACUCCCCGUCCCACCAGGCCAAACCCAUCGUCCAGCCACAACAGGCCCCAGACCACCUCACCACGUUGGACCUCAACAAAGCGGCCCGCAACAAGGCUUCAAAUCAGAUCCUUAUGCUCAGCGAGGUCCUUCUGCUCAAGGAGGUCCCAACCAGCCUAGGAUCCCACACCCAGGAGCGGUACCUCUUCCGGGCUUGGCUAAAGCACCAUCGCAGCCAGAUUUGGGUCGUGGUGGUUCGCCGAUGCAUCAGCAGAUUCCGCGUCAGCCGGACCACACCAGGAGUGCGGGGUCUUCUCCAGCGCACCGGCCGCAAUCGCAGCCUCUUCCGCAAGCACAGGACGGACUUACAAAGCUGUUUGGAUUUGGUGCGUCGCUGUUGA